AUGAGUGGUGCGUCUUGUUCUCGUUCAUUGUUCUUUCGAUACAAGAAAGAAUCUCCCGACUGUAAGGCCAUGAAGAAGCUCUCUUCUGCAAUGACCGCCUCUUCACAGAGAUGGCAAACACUACCAUGGCUUCUCAUGUUUUUCUUCUUACUCUCCACCUUCUCUUUGAGCUCUGUCUCAUCCUCACCAACUCAAUCCUCUAAGUCCUACGAAGAUCAUUGUUCCAAAAGCGUCCCUGGAUCCUUACAGAAGAAAGUUCCACUCACAAACUUUCCACUUGCGCGAUCCCAUACUGGCUUCUAUACUGGUGGCAAUCCUUUUUUGGACCCAAACCCAGUUGCGCCUGACUUCACUUUCUCAAACUCCCUGCUACUUCGAACCUUGGCUGUCUAUGAUACUGAUAUCCAGGGCUUGUUCAAGCUUCAAGGGCGUUUGACAUUUCAAACCGCCUAUAAGCACAAGUACAGGGAAGACUUAUCUUAUUCCCGAUAUUCAUACUAUACUGCUUUCACUGACAUUAGGCCUCAGAGAAGUUCCAUUAGUUUUGAACUGGAGGAGGGGUACUGGUCAGAAUCGAAGGGAAAGCUUUGUAUGGUUGGAUCGGCCUCUGCUUACACUGAAGAAGGUAAACGGCUUGAUCUUGCUGCUGUUCUUAACCUCAAUAAUGUCACCAAUUCGAAUGGUAUUACUAGUUUGAUUACUGGGACUUUAGAGAGCCUGAGUUCUGCAGAGGAUCCAGCCCAUUUUGAACCGAUUUCCAUGUUGAUACUCCCUAAAAAAAAUUACAAAUUCUCGUCAGUUUCUGACGAUAACAUAAAUGAAUUUUCUGGUGGAAGUGAUCUUCCACCUGGUCUGUCACUUAGUUCUCUUCCGGAAUACACAUUCUGUUCAUUAGCCCCAGAGGCAGCCCAAAAGUUCAGUUUGAGGUAUGCCAGUGAUUGCAAAUCUUCAGAGAACUGCACUCCAUUUGAUGCAGACUUCGGAUAUGUGCCUCGUAUCAUGUUCUUGUAUGGGAUUGAGUGUUCUGGGGACAAAGAAAGGAUGCGGGUUCUGGUGGAGUUUCCUAACCAAAGCCGCUUAAACUCCACCAGAACCCGCGUUGAUAAUUACCGGAGAUUCGAUCCCAAAACAACUCUGGUUGGGGAAGGAUCAUGGGAUGAGAGCAAGCAUCAGCUCUGCAUUGUAGCUUGCCGAUUUUUAGGCAUCACAGAAUCUUUGGCUCAUGCUCGUGUGGGUGAUUGUUCAACAAAAUUGAGCUUAAGGUUUCCUUCAAACUGGUCAAUCAAAGAUACUAGCAGGAUUGUGGGGCAAAUUUGGACUAACAAAACCGUAAAAGAGUCAGGUUACUUCAAUAGGAUCAUGCUUCGUAGUUCUGGAAAUUAUAUGAUGGAGGUUCCUGAACCAACAAAGUACCGGUACACCAAAAUAGGUACUGCCAUGGAGUUGUGCCCCAAGUCUGAGAAGCCUGCUAAAACCAAUGGGGAAAGAUACCCCAAUGGGGACUCUGACUCAUUGAGUUUCGACAUUUCACUAACAGAUUCAGAAGGAAAAAGUGGCUGGGGUAAUUUAGCUCCUAUAUCUGUUGGAGAUCACAUUUAUGGGUACUCAAGCUUCCAAGACUCUACAGUGCCACCGAAUUUUAGCAGUGGCUUGGUCAACAUCAGCUACAGGAUACACCUCACCACGAUGAAGAUGUCGCCCUUUCACACUUGGAACUCUUCCCCUAACAUAUCUUCACGGGAAUGGGAGAUUGUAGCUGAAGGGCUGUAUGAUGCUGAAACAGGAAGUUUGUGUAUGGUAGGGUGCAGAAAUCUUGAUGCAGACAAUCAAAUACCAAGAGCCGAUUCUUCGGAUUGCGAGGUUCUGGUCGCAUUUGAUUUCCCUCCAUUUAAUUCAAAGAAGGCGGGUUAUAUCAAGGGAAGCAUUAAUAGCACAAGGGAAAAAUCCGAUCCACUUUACUUUGAACAUUUAGACUUGAGAUCAGCUGCUUCUUACGAGGAUGGAUCUUCUAUUUGGAGGAUGGAUGUGGAGAUUAUCAUGGUAAUUAUCUCCACCACACUGUCAUGUGUGUUUGUAGCGCUACAAAUCUUUCAUGUGAACAGGCACCCUGAUGUUCUUCCCUUAAUCUCCCUUGCCAUGCUAUCAAUUCUUAUUUUGGGCCAGUUGAUACCUCUUGUGCUUAACUUUGAAGCCUUGUUCUUGAGCAAAUCUAGUGGGGGAACAUAUGGCUUGAAAGCGGCCGGUGGAUUGAAGCAAACGAGGUAA